AGCUACUUUCGGGGGAUAGACUCUUUGACAGCGGUACUAGGGUCAAAAUGCAAUGUUGGGAGGUCUGAGGGUAGGGGGCGUGAGGAAGAGUGUUAGGACCUGUCGAAAUUAAAGCUGAACACCUGGGCUGGGGACAGCGCAGGCCUGUAAGCUCUCCCACCACCUCUGCACACACACCCGUCCACCCGUGCCAGUGUGGGCAAUCCUGAAAUAAGAUACAGAGAGCAUCAGAACCUGAGACUUGGAGCAUCAGAGCUCUGAAAAUUCACGGCUCGAGAUUUUAGAGCCUGUAGUAUCCCGAGAAAACCUCGGACUCCAUUUCGAAAUUAUUUUUUGGGGUGAUCAGGAAUGCCGAAGCUUCUAGUCCCACAACUUCCGGACCUUUGUCCUUUCUGGGGUGAUCUUUUUCCAACCGGCCUCGGCUUCGCUAAACGAGAAAAUCCAACUGAAGGCUUGUCAGUCGUGGAAGUGGGAAGUGCUAAAAGAGAGGUUUGCCCUCAAAAAAGCCGGGAGCAACACAAUGGAGGAGUCCCAGUCGGACCUCAGCAUGGAGCCCCCUUUGAGUCAGGAGACUUUUUCAGACCUGUGGAAUCUGCUUCCUAAAGGCAACAACGUUCUGUACCCAGAAGUAGAUGAUCUGCUGCUGUCCCCAGAUGUUGAGAAUUGGCUGGAUAAAUCUUCAGAGGAGGUUUCCAGAAUGCCAGGAGCUCCUGCACCAGUAGCCCCAUUGCCAGUUGCGCCAGCGCCAGCCACCUCCUGGCCCCUGUCGUCCUUUGUCCCUAACCAGAAGAUCUACCCAGGCAGCUAUGGUUUCCGCUUGGGGUUUCUGCAGUCUGGGACAGCCAAGUCUGUGACUUGCACGUACUCCCCUACCCUCAACAAGUUGUUCUGCCAGCUGGCCAAGACCUGUCCUGUGCAGCUGUGGGUAACCUCACCACCCCCACAGGGCGCACGAGUCCGUGCCAUGGCCAUCUAUAAGAAAUCCGAGUAUAUGACAGAAGUGGUGCGGCGCUGCCCGCACCACGAGCGCUGCUCUGACUAUAAUGACGGUCUGGCUCCACCUCAGCAUCUCAUCCGAGUGGAAGGAAAUUUACGCGCCCAGUAUUUAGACGAUGAAAACACUUUCCGACAUAGCGUGGUGGUGCCCUAUGAACUGCCCGAGAAUGACUCUGACUGUACCACCAUCCACUACAACUUCAUGUGUAACAGCUCCUGCAUGGGGGGCAUGAACCGGCGGCCCAUUGUCACCAUCAUCACACUGGAAGACUCCAGUGGCAAUCUGCUGGGACGGAGCAGCUUUGAGGUGCGAGUCUGUGCCUGUCCUGGGAGAGACCGUCGCACGGAGGAAGAUAAUUUCCACAAGAAGGCAGAAUCUCGUCCCCAGCCACCCCCUGGGAGCGCUAAACGAGCACUGCCCACUGGCACCAGCUCUUCUCCCCAGCCAAAGAAGAAGCCACCAAAUGAAGAAUAUUUUACACUACAGAUUCGUGGGCGCGACCGGUUUGAGAUGUUCCGAGAGCUGAAUGAAGCCUUGGAGUUGAAGGACGCGCAGGCUGGGAAGGAGCCCGGGGGUAGCAGGGCUCAGUCCAGCCACCUGAAGUCAAAGAAGGGGCAGUCAGCCUCCCGCCAUAAAAAACCAAUGCUUAAGACAGAAGGCCCGGACUCCGACUGACAACGUUUUCUCUUUGGAAUCCCUCACCUUCAUCCGCUCCCCAUCCCUUCCCUGGCAUUUUUUGGGACUCAGGUUGAAUUUCUGUUUAGUACAGGUGUGCCUCAGGAACACCCUGGAAUUCUUCCUUUUGCCUUGGCCUGAGGCAGGCACUGGGGGGUGGGGGUGGGGGGGUGGGGGAUGACUGGGUUAUUCCAGCUUCGCUUUUAAUGUUUUUACUGUGAGGAAAUUUGGGAGAGGUAGAAAAAGGUUCUUGUAUGUAAGAACAGUCUAGAAUACACUGGGUCAGAACACCAGUUCUCCACAAUUCUAGCCAGGGAACAUCUCAAAUUAUUUAAUUUCCCCUAAUCACUUUAUUGUCCACAUAUUAUAAAAUGCUGGUAGUCAUACUACCUCACUGGAAUUGUGGGAAUUAAUGAAAUGAUGUGUUUUUCAUUAAUUUUUUGGGUCCUAAAACUAAUUUUUCCUACGUAAUACCUGGAAUUUAGUUUCAUGCCAUCAUGGAUGUGGAAGUUAAGUUGGUGCCAUAUGGGUGCUGGUUAUCUCUGCCAUGGGUUGCUUCUAGCAUUGGGCAGCUGUUGGAGGAGGGAAUUUCCUUUCUCUUUCUGUUGGCCCAGCUAGAUCCUGUUUAACCACUGGAUGCCGCCCAUCCAGCCCCUAAGAGAUGUCAUUCAUCCCACAGCCCAGAGAAUUUCAUUCCUAGCAUAGGACCUAGUAUAUCUACCCAGAUCUGUUGUACCUCCCUCAAAUGCUCAGUUUGCUUCUUUUGCACUCUGUAUUCAUCACCCUCUCCCCUUCUCUUCCUUUUUUUUUUAAUUCCAUUUUUAUAUUUUUUUUAUUUUACAAUAAAAAUUUGCUACUGUG